AUGAUUAUUACCAAAGUGAAAGUAAUUCAUUUCGUGCCUGUAACCUGCAAUAUGGUGAAAGGCCUCAUGCCCUGGAAAGUUAGUAAUGCCCGCAGAUUAGCUGAUCCCACCCAAAAAACAGACUGUGGCUACAAAUCUGGGGCUCGUCUGUGCAUCUCCAUGGACAGUUGGUGGGCUGCCUUUAAUUAUCAUCUCUCUGCAAUGCCCUUCCUUGCUGCAAUUGAUUCUGGCAUAAUGGGGAUAUCACCAGAGAAUGUCACGUUUCUGCCACCAUCCAAGGAUCAAAUGAAUUUCUGUUAUACUAUUUCUAGCUGUCGUUCAUCUUUUCCAGAAGCAAUGAAAAAGUGGAAUGAAUUUUAUCAGCACAUUCAGUCCCCCUCUAGUGGCUUUGAAGACCUGUUGAAGUACUUAUGGGCAGCACAUGCCUCAUCCUUGGAGAUGGCUCAUAAAAAUUUUGACAAUAGGUUAAAAUGUUAUUCUAAACAAGAAGCAGAUUUUGCAAACAACUGGGCUUUAUUUGUGGAUUAUUUAGCUCCACCACUCUUUCCAACAACCUUGACAAGAACACAUGAAUUCCAGAAGGGCCUGCCAACACGAAUUCUUGUUAGUGGGGAUGAAACUCACUUCAUUGGUGACUUCACAAAUUUUCAAAACAUUGUCCUGUUUGCUCUAAGUUUUCUUCACAAAGUACAUAAAUAUACAGUCCCUGUUGGAAUCCCUGUUGAAGCCCCACAUAUAAGGGUGCCAUGUGUCGGGGUCGGGCCCCAACCACAGGUUGUUGGAGGACAGAACAAGCAGGGUCUUAAGGUGGGAGGGGCAUCCAUGAGCAGAGAUUCCUGGAAAGAGGGAAGGGGUUAG